AUGGCGACCGAAGAUUCCAACAAACAAAAAUGCUCAACCAAGUUUGAGACCACCAAAUACGAAGAUCCCAACGAUCCUCCUUAUCUUCAUCACUCCGAUCAGCCUGGAGCGAUUCUCGUCACACAUCCACUAAAUGACGAAAAUUACUCCACUUGGAGCCGUGCCAUGACCAUGGCCCUUAAUGCCAAGAACAAGGAAGGGCUACUCAACUUUGUCUCGAAAGAUAUCGGAGCAAGUGUCAUCUACAACAAUGUUGCAUAUGAUAUUUGGAAUGAAUUAAAUGAACGUUUCUCUCACACAAACAACGUACAUCUCUUCCAUAUCGAACAAGAGAUACAUGAAAGUGUUCAAGGAAAUAUGAACAUUGGUGCGUAUUUUACCAUACUAAAAAGCUUUUGGGAUGAUCAUGAUGCCUUGUGCUCUUUCCCAACUUGUGCAUGUGGUGCUGUGAAGGAAUUGAUGCAGUUUCAGCGAAGUCAGAAAACCAUGAUUUUUCUCAUGAGUCUCAAUGAACACUAUGUUGCAGUUCGUGAGCAAAUAUUACUUAUGGAUCCCCUUUCUGCUAUCAACAAGGCUUUCUUACUCAUUAUUCAAGAUGAGAAGCAAAAAGCAGUCUCAACACAUGCUCCUGGAAGGUCCUCAAUCACAGAUGCAGCAGCUUUCGCCGUGUGGGACAACAUGCGAAACUCUGGUAGGAAUUUUUCUCCUAAAAAUCCUCUUCUCAAAUGUGAUCGUUGUGAUGCAACCAGACACACUUCAGAUAUCUGUCGAGCACACCUCAAGUGUGACUACUAUAAUUGGAGGGGUCACACCAUUGAUUAA